CUGCUCCGAACACUUGUUGGCGAAAGAUUGAAGGCCGCAUAACCUAAAAUAAAUCGUUUGUUAUACGAGUGUGUUUGUGGUGAUUUAUUUAUAAAAUAACAUUGUUAAUAAUAAAUACAAUGCCCAGAACAAGAGAAAGAAGUGUAAGUCCACAAUACAAAUCAUCAAGCAGAAGAGAUAAAACGAAAUCACGACCUUCUCGGCGCUCAAGAUCAACUUCCCGCAACAAAAAAGACACCUAUAAAUCUCGUGACGAUAAGCGUUCGUAUUCACGUAAGUCAAAAAACGAUUCAAAAGAAAAAUCUAAAUCUAGAAGUAAAGACCACAAAAGCAGAAGAAAACAUGAUUCAAGUAGUAGUUCAAGUAGAUCAAACUCCAGCAGCAGCUCAAAUAGUUCCAAGAGUUCAUCAUCUAAUAGUUCCUUAGAAUUGCUAGAAAAAUUAAAAGCAGAAAGAUUAAGAGUAGAAGAGGAAAAGAAAAAACGUAAAGAAUUAAUGAAGCUAAAUGAAACGCCAGAAGAGAAACGUUUGCGUCGUUUAAAGAAAAAAGAAGCAAAAGAACGCUCACGGAAAGAGCGCAUGGGCUGGGAUAAUGAAUACCUACACUACACAAACACAGACAAUCCUUUUGGGGAUGGCAAUCUACUGAGUACAUUUGUCUGGACAAAGAAAUUAAGCAAAGAAGGCUUGAUUGAUGCCAGUCAUGAAGAGUUAGAAUUACGCAAUCGUCAUAAACAGGAAGAAAACAAACGUGAACUUGAGAAGGUGAAGAAACGUCGUCAGGAACGCGAACUUGAACGUCAACAACGCGAAGAUGAAAUGCAAUUGAUGCAGCGUAAUAAAGAAGCAGCACAAUUUGAGGAAUGGGAACGACAGGAAGACCAGUUUCAUUUGGAACAAGCUCGUCUACGUUCACACAUUCGUAUUCAAGAUGGUCGCGCCAAACCGAUUGAUCUGCUCGCGAAAUAUAUCAACACUGAAGAGGAAGUGGACGCAGUGGAAAUGCAUGAACCUUACACCUACUUAAAUGGCUUACAGGUGAAAGAUUUAGAAGAUUUAGUCGAGGAUAUCAAGGUUUAUAAGGAAUUAGAACGUGGUAAGAAUUUAGAUUAUUGGAAUGAUAUUACUGUUAUUGUGCAAGAUGAGUUGCAUAAGUUACGGAAACUAAUUCGGCAAAAUGAGUAUGAAAUGAUGAUUAGAAGGGAGGGUAUUCAUCAAGCGGUUGAAAAAGAUGUCACGAAUGUUUUUAAAGGCAAAACGACAGCACAACUAGCGCAGCUGCAGAAGAGUAUUGAGGAUAAGAUUAAUAGCAAGUCAGAUGGGCUGGAUAUUGGGUAUUGGGAGUCGCUGUUGUCGCAAUUGAAAGCUCACAUGGCUAGAGCACGUCUUCGUGAUCGUCACCAAGAAAACCUACGCAAAAAACUGGAACUUCUCAAAGCUGAACAAGCGGUAACUAUUCCUAUACCAACAGAAAUUCCAAGAUCCCCCAAAAAUCCACUUCCUACUUCCGAAACAACCGAACCAGGUCCAAGUUCCAGUGCUGUCCAACCCGAUGAAGAAUCACCCAUUCACAAUGAAUCCUCCCAACACGGCAGUACAACCAGCGUCGAUAAUGAUAACGAGAACGAAACAAACGAUGAUCCUAGUGAAUCCUACCUUCGAGAAAGUUUUGAUUCCUACGAAUCAGGCGGUUACAGUCCGAAAUAUUUAUCUCCAAAUGAUUUAGACCCUGGUACAAUAGUCGUGUCAGAAAGUGACGACUAUAAACGUUUAGAAUACGCUCGUGGAAGAGUACAAGGCACAGCAAAUCAAAACGAAAAUGUUGUGUCAAAGGAAGAGUUGUUACUUAUCCGAGAGGCUCGUAAAGGAAUGGACAAUGACGAGGCACAAUUUUCAGUUGAGACUUCAUUGGACAGUCAAGUAUAUCUAUGGUCGGAUAAGUACAGACCUCGAAAACCUAGGUACUUCAAUCGUGUACACACAGGCUUCGAAUGGAAUAAGUACAAUCAAACACAUUAUGAUAUGGAUAAUCCGCCGCCGAAAAUUGUACAGGGAUAUAAGUUUAAUAUUUUCUAUCCGGAUUUGAUUGAUAAGAAUAAGACACCGGAGUAUUUCUUGACACCUUGCCCUGAAAAUCGUGAAUUUGCUAUUUUACGGUUUCAUGCUGGUCCGCCUUACGAAGAUAUUGCUUUCAAAAUAGUCAGCAGGGAAUGGGAAUAUUCCUACAAACGAGGAUUCAGGUGUCAGUUUCAUAACAACAUAUUUCAGCUGUGGUUCCAUUUCAAACGCUACAGAUACAGGAGAUGAUCAUUGUAUAUGAUCACUGUAAGUAUCCGGCGUUUUAUUUUUAUUUAAAUGGAAUUUAAUACAAUUGUAUAUAAAAUAUAUCUUUUGAAAAUUGA